AAUAAUUUCUAUAUUUAAAAAUUGGGGGAUGUUUGUUGUUUAUGGUAAUAUAUAUAAAAGAAAUCCUUUCAUACUCAUGUAUUUUUAUAUCUUUAUAUGCAAGUAUCACUAACAAAUACAAGUUUCCAUUUAGUAUUAUUACCCACCAAUAUUUGGCAGUGGAUUUUUCAUCCCUAUUUCUCCACUUCCUUUUAGAAACUCCAUCAAUUGUCCACCGUCCGAUGGACCAAUCAAGUCAAACUCGCAAAUCCUCAUUGCCAACUAGUUAAAUCCACGUCAACCCCUCAUACCCUGUGGACGUGCCACGUCACCACCAACGUCGAGCACGUGGUUUUAUGCGAAGAUGAGGGCAAUUCUUAGGCCGGAUUGAAAAUACCUUUAUCCUUUGGUUCUGUCUGAUUUCUUUUACUAUUUAAUGAUAUAAUGUCUUCAUGAAAGACACCAAUGAAAUAGCUCAGUUGUUGUUUUUCUUAUAUAUAUAUGGUUCUAUUAGUGUAGUAGCAGUCUAUCACCACGGCAAAUGACUCAAGCAACCAUGGAUGCUACUGCAAGUGCUGCUCCUUUGCACAUAGCAAUAUUUCCAUGGUUUGCUAUGGGACACCUCACUCCUAAUCUUCACCUCUCCAACAAGUUAGCAGAGAGAGGUCACAGAAUAUCCUUCAUAGUCCCACAAAGAACACAAACCAAACUACACCAUCUCAAUCUGCACCCUCAUCUCAUCACCUUUGUCCCCAUCAAAAUUCCUCAUGUUCAUGGCCUUCCUCACCAUGCUGAGACCACUUCAGACGUCCCCUUCUCUUUAGCCCCACUUAUCGCCACCGCCAUGGAUCGCACACAGAACGACAUUCAACUUCUCCUGAGGAAUCUCAACCCACACAUUGUUUUCUUCGAUUUCCAACAUUGGCUACCCAGCUUGACUCGGAGCCUAGGCAUCAAGAGUGUGAUGUACCUCAUAGUUCACCCAUUAUCAGCAGCAUACCUUGGAGAUGGACCAAGAAGAAGCCAAGGAAGAGAGUUAUCUGAACUUGAUCUAAUGGAACCUCCUCCGGGGUUCCCUGAUUCAUGCAUCAAGUUUCAGCCACAUGAACUUCGGUUCCUCGUUGCAGUAAGGAAACUCGAGUUUGGAAGUGGUGUUCUUCUGUACGAUCGGUUAGACAAUAGUUUCUGCUCGGCGGAUGCAAUUGGAUUCAAAGGUUGCAGAGAAAUUGAUGGGCCAUAUGCAGAAUAUCUAGAAACUGUGUAUGGAAAACCUGUUUUGCUUUCAGGGCCUCUUUUACCCGAGCCACCAAACACUACCUUAGAUGAAACAUGGGUUGCUUGGCUUGGGCAAUUCAACCCUGGCUCUGUUGUUUUCUGUACAUACGGAAGCGAAAGCGCGUUAGCACAGAAUCAGUUUCAAGAGUUGUUGCUUGGUCUUGAACUAACAUGUUUUCCAUUUUUUGUAGCAUUUAAGCCUCCUGAUGGAUUUGAGUGUAUUGAAGAAGCCCUGCCAGAAGGGUUCAGAGAAAGAGUUAAAGGAAGAGGGAUUGCAUACGAAGGUUGGGUGCCACAACAACUGAUAUUGGAACACCCUUCAAUUGGUUGCUUCAUAACACACUGUGGAGCUGCUUCUUUAACAGAGGCCAUAGUGAAUAAGUGUCAAUUGGUGCUGCUGCCAGGACACAGAGGGGGUCAUAUCAUCAAUGCAAGAAUGCUGAGUAGAAAAUUGAAGGUUGGCGUGGAAGUGGAGAAGGGGGAAGAAGAUGGUUUGUUCAGCAAAGAAAGUGUAUGUAAAGCAGUGAAAAGUGUGAUGGAUGAUGAGAGUGAGGUUGCAAGAGAAGUGAGGCAAAAUCAUGCCAAACUCAGGAACUUCUUACUGAGCGACAAUUUAGAGUCCUCAUGUGUUGAUCUUUUCUGUCAACAACUUCAAAAGUUACUAUAAUUUCCAACCUUCCACCAUUACCUUUAUAGUACAUGAAUAAGUUGAUAUGACUUUGUUUUAACUUAAUCUGCUCUAAAUUUUGGGGGAUUUUGUUUAUUUACUUUACAUUAUGGAUC